AUGCCAAAGGAAAGACGACAGCGGCUGCCGGGUGACUACCAGGUGAAGAAAGGCCUUCUCUUCGCUGCUUCCAGGCUUAGCACUGAACACCUGGGCGUCGUGCAAACCAUGGAUGCAUCUGCAUCGACAACUCCAUUCAGAACUCCGGCAUGGAGCAUGAUGGCGGACAGAUGCAACCGCCCACGUCGGCUUGCCAGUGGCAUCAAGGCCGAAGGUGUUCUACGCCACCGCCAAGCUGCAUCAUUAUCAUGGGCCCUGGCUCGUCUGACAGCUUCUGCAUCCUUCUGCGGAUCUCAGAGGGACGACUCGCAGAAGAAAAGUUCUAAGAGUGAUCGCAUGAUCAUGGCGCUGAUGGGCGUCUUGCAGCUGGCCUUCCUCGUUCGCUUCCUAUCACGACCGGCUUUGAGUGGCUUCAUAACAGCCAGCGCCAUGCUGAUCAUGCUGUCGCAGGUAGCUCCAAUGCUCGGGCUGCCGGACUGGGCGAGCAAGGGAGGCAUCGUGAACAUCGUCAGGCAUCAUCUGACGUACCUCGAAAUGACCAGCCCUGCGACGCUCUGCCUCAGCACCGUGACGCUUCUAUUCCUUCUCAAUGCCAAGAGACUGAAGACAGUGCGCUUCCUGAAGUUCCUCAGUGACUUCAAGGAAUUGGUCAUGCUGGCAGUUUCAGCAGUUUUCUGCACUUUCUACAACCAGCAGGCCAAGGCUGACGAACGCAUCCGCGUCGUUGGCAAAGUUCCCUCCGGUUUGCCAAACCUUACGUUUCCCGUAAGCUCCGCUGCGGAUUUGCAGCUGAUGAAGGAGCUGGUCCCCGGUGCCAUUCUCCUGGCUUUCGUCGUCUUCCUUUCGUCCUUUGCCGGAGCGAAGAAGUUUGCCAUGAAGGAUGGCUACCAGAUCCGAGCCUUCAACGAGCUCAUGGCGCUAGGAUUCGCAAACUUCCUUGGCGCCUUCUGUGGCUCUGUGCCAACACAGGUGGGCCUCAGCCGCAUGGGGAUCGCCCACCAGGCGGGCAUCAAGAGCCAGCUCGGUGCCAACGUUCUCGUUGGAGUCGUGGUCUGUCUUGGAGUGGUACUCUUCAGCAGAUACGUCGAGAAUGUGCCAAUGUGCGUGCUGAACUGUAUCAUUGUCAACGGCGCCUCACAUUUGACCGAGUUCGACCAGGCCGUGGAGUUGUAUGAAUAUGCCCAGAACGAGCGGUACAGCUGGAAGAUGAGAGGCGAGAUGUUUACCUGGAUUAUUGGGUUCAGUUGUACGCUGUGCCUCGGAGCCUUUCAAGGCAUGCUGGCAGCCGUGGUCACGUCACUGGUGAUCAUCCUGUAUCAGGUCGUGAACCCAGACAUUGUGGAACUUGGCUUCCGGGAGCGAGAUGGGGAAGACACACACAGCAGCAGGGCUCGCAAAUGGAUGGCUUUGGAUCGAGCAGGUGCUUGCAGGGAGCAUGGGAUCCUCGUGCUUCGGAUGGAAGGCCCUUUGUUCUACGCAAAUGUCGAGAGAUUGCAGGAAUGGGUCGAAGAGCAGGAGUUGGAUUAUAGCGAGAGGAGUGGUAUCGACAACUCGCUGGACGGCAUCAUUCUAUCGGCAUCAGCUAUUCCAUUUAUGGACACAUCAGCCGUGCAGACACUGUCCGCACUCAUAAAAACGUGUGCUGGGCGUGGGACUCUUUUCUGCAUCGCCAACACAUUUGGCACCACGGGUCGAAUUGCUGCAGACAAGCUCGAGCCGCUGAUGCUCGCUGCGCUCAAGACUAGCUAUCUGAAGACCCAGCUCAAGAACAGUGCCAGUAUUGAUGACUUCGUCAAGCUCGUUCGUGGGCAUCGGGAGGCGCUGGAUAUGCGGGACGAGAGGCCCCUCCGAUUGGUUCGAUGUUCCACUCUCCAGGCAAAGAGCUGCUGA